AGCCUUAUUGUUCAUUUUCCAAUAAUCCUCAUGGUAAGCCUGCUAGCUACCCUCGUUCUGGGUGCUGUCUGGUGCACAGGAGCCUUCCCAUCAGGCCCAUAUUCCAAGAAGCUCGCGAAUGGCUUUUGCAUAGAAAUAGAUGCUAUGCCUGAUUUUACCAUUUGGGAUAUUGUCCGCUGUGGACCUCACAAAGCUGGUGGUGCGAACCUGAAUGUUACAGGGAACAAUCCUUAUAACGUCGCACCAAGCAGUCAGAUACAUUAUGACAGGCUCUUCAAGUUCUUGAUUGGCUAUUGUGGGCCUGCGCUGAAAAGUAAGGGUAUGCACUGGUUCAUUUACGACAAAACUCAUGAUACUAUAAUGACGGCUUUUCUGGGCAUACCUCAAAUUCUGCAAAGAGGGUACUGUUGAGAUAAUAGACAACCAUCACUAUCUGCUAUGUCUUACUUGUCUCACCUUAUUCGUCAGUCUAAAUAACAACAAACUGGUGUCCUCGCUGCACCGACUCACAUGUGAAAGGCUGCCACCUUGUUGAGCCUCAUUUAGCCAACAAGGCUUGUCCUCAGUAACACAAACUAUUUUGCGUAUAUUUUGAAGUCGUAUGUUAGCUGGACAUAAAUGCUCGCUUUUCACAGCA